AGUUAUCUCUCCGUUAAGCAACACCCUGACCUUUGAACCUGGGGAGAGCUGUUCAUGCAUUGGUAACAUGAUCGCUACGAUCACAGCCGUGAAACAAGAGGGAUUCAUCUUUGAAAAAACAAAAGCACUGUGUGAUUUGAUGAAAGGAUCCGCAGUGACUGAAUCACUGGUUUGACAUAAGAGGUGUACCAGAGGCCAGUUGAGUUUUUUUCAUUGUUGUAAAAUCAUGGUGGUGAGUACGAUCAUGACAUGGCUGCCACUGGAGGAUCCUCUGGCAGCUGUACUGCAAGGGGUAGUUGGAGCAUGUGGAGUAUCACUGGUAUAUAAUCUGCUGCGAGUCUGCCUCUUCAUACAUACAACAAAACAGUCACCAGCAGAUGGCGCUUCUGAAAAGCAAAAAGAUGACACGACGUCGUCGAUCGGUCACCUCAGCAACGGGAUCCAGUUUGCCCUCCUGGUUGGGCUUCUGUCCAUGGUGGGGCCGCGCCUGUCCUGCCUCAUAGUUCUGGAGUUCUGCCUCAGGGUCUUUCUAGCCUUGCUCCUGUUUGGACAGGGAAGUGCCCGGGAGGUGACGCAGCAGCUACUGGUGCAGUGUCAGUUCUCGCUGGGCUGCUCCCUGACCUGUACGCUCCACUUCCUGCACGCGGGGGCCCCGCACCGCUGCCUCAGCCUCCUAUUGGCCGCUGCCCUCAGCUACUUCCUGUCCAGCCUGGCCCGCCGGCUGCAGUCCCACGUGGGGCAGUUGUUCCCACAGCACUGCACUCAGCGGGAGUGCGGGGUGUGCCUGACCCUGGUGUCCAGCGGGGCGGCACUCUUGCCCACUCUGAGGCGCUGGGUGGUGAUGGUGUUCGGCGUUGGCAUCAUAGCUGCCGUGGCAACCAUGAUGGAGCACUUCCUGCUGGGGGCGGACGACCUGAGGUUCUGGACACCCAUGACAGUGUGCUACAUACUGCUACUGUUGAGGAUGCUGGAGGACCAGAAGUCCAGCCCCAGGGGGGAGGUGUUGCUGCGCUCGGCAGGGCUGCGGGUGGGGGCCCUCUUCUUCCUCAUGAUGAUGGUGGGGGGGUACACUGACAUGGCUCAGGUGGUGUUCUUCCUACUGGGGGAGGGGGUGUGUCUGCUGCCCUCGCUGGGACUGCUGCAUAGGAAAGCAACACAGAAGGAAGAUGACAACUGUCGUCGGGCCAAAUCUGAGUGACAAGAGUGGAUCAGACUCUCUCUGUGAAUCAAGGGUGCGUCCUUGAAUAUAAAAACAAAGAAUUCCAACUUGACAGACACGACAUUGCACAAGUGAUCCAACCUGCAGUAUGCACACGGUACUCCCACACACACACCUACAGACACACACACACACACACACACACACACACGCACACACACAUACACCGCCUACACACACUCACACGCCCCUACACACACACACACACACACACACACACACCUAUGGUACACACACACACCCCUACACACAUGCACUCUGAAGAAGACUCCUGAACCUGUUCUGUCAGCGGACCUGGACGUUGUGCAACCCGUUAAUGAUUAAUCAGGAGCAAUAGCACGUAACGGGGCGUGGCAUCGCAGUCAGAGGAUGUCUGGAGGCCUCUGCACUGUAUACCAUGACGAUGACGAUGACUCAACUACAGGAUCCGGGUCAACGUAGUGCCACAGAAAAUCAGUCUCUUUCUCAGAUCUUCAUAAGAGUAUGAGUAUGCACAUCCCACCUCUCUGCGGCCAGGUGCAGGACAAAAUGCUCAUCUGAUAGUGGAAAGAGUAGAUGUCCGCACACUGUCGCUCCACUUUGAAAAAUGUACUACGCUCAUACAACAUUUCAUCAACGUUGUAUGAGCUGAAUACAUUUUUCAAAGUGGAGCUACAGUGUGCGGACAUCUACUCUUUCUUCUUUCUCAGAUCUUGACAGAAAUCUUUCCAAUGUGUAAGAUUUGCCUUCUCUUCUUCAAUCUUCUUCAGUCAUGAGGAGUGAAAAAACGAAUUGUGUGUGUAGUACCUCAUUAGGUAUUAUGGUUUACAUGUGGAUAUGGAGAUAUGAUGACCCUUUUUUACAUAAAAAUACAAAAUAUUUUCAUUUAAAACUCAAAGCGAAUGGGAACGCAAUAAUGAUGACUCAACAUCAUGAUCCAGGCCACAUACCCUCUUCAAGUUUUAAAUCUGGUGAGUUUAUCAUGUCAUGGAGAGCUUUACACACAGGGCCG